AUGGAAACCAAUAGUAGUUCGGAAGAAGCCCAAUCGAUGGAGACAAACAGCGAGAUGGAGGACACAUGCUCAAGUACGUCUCACAGGAGCGAGGCGGAUGAUGGAAUCUACCCAUCUCAUUCGAGUGGAGAUGAAUCUGCAACGCAAGAGGCGAACAUCGUGUACAUGAUGUUCAUGGCAUCACAGUUGUCUAGAGGUCGAGUUCGUAUGCCCAAACACAAUAUUGGCCUACGAGGGGAUCAAUAUAUUCAAGCAGUCUUGAAUGGUAACCCCAGAACUUGCAAAACAAUGUUUCGAAUGGAGGUGCAAGCCUUCCGUUAUGUUUGUGACCUCUUACGAGACUCAUUAAUUAUGGACCGUACGGAGAGAGUGUCUGUCGAGGAAUCAGUAGGAAUAUUUUGCCUUCUUGUUGGGCAUGCACAGGGUCAACGAAUCGUUGGGGACCGAUUCCAACAUUCAAGCGAGACAAUUAACCGCCAUGUGAAGACUGUGAUGCGGGCACUACAUCAGCUUGGGAGGACAGUGAUUAGGCGCACUGAGAACGAUGGGGUCCAUCCUUACAUUACGGAGAACCCCCACAAUUAUCCAAGGUUUGAGAAAUGUCUUGGUGCUAUGGACGGCACAAUGAUUAACGCCCGAGCACCAUCUAGGCUGAGUAAUGCAUAUAGAAAUCAUCAUGGUCAAAUCGCCCAAAAUGUACUAUGCCUAUGUGACUUCAAUAUGAAGUUCACGUAUGUAUAUAUUGGCUGGGAGGGCUAUUAUUACCUUGUCGAUUCUGCAUUUCCAUGCAUUGAGAAAUUUAUGCCUCCAUAUCCGCGAGAGAGGUAUCAUCGGUCUGAUCAUUAUAGCGGUCGUCAAUUCCGAGGAUAUAAAGAUUAUUUCAACUUCCGACAUUCGUCGCUGCGCAACAUUAUUGAACGUACAUUUGCGUUAUUGAAUAAUCGAUUUCAAAUAUUGAGUGCGAUGCCUCGCUAUCGCCCUACAUGGCAAGGGAUGCUUGUUACCGCAUGUUGUACGCUGCACAACCUUAUUAGAACGGUAACGCCAAAUGAUGAGUUCAUUCAAGCAGCAUUGGCGCUUCAGUUUAGUGAAGAAAAUAUGACCGGGAACGAUGAGGCAGACGAGCCCUCUAAAGUAGUUGACAUGUCCCAUGAGUCAGUCGGAGCUAUGGCAGCACAGAGAGAUGCGAUUGCGAUCCCCAUGUGGGAAGAUAGGUUUGGAGCAUGA